AUGGCACUCCAAACACUAUCGCAUGAUGAUUAUACCGUGGCGUGGAUCUGCGCAUUACCGUUGGAAAUGGCCGCAGCAAAAGUAAUGCUGGAGGAAAUUCACGGCCGUCUCCCACAGCCGCGAACUGAUCACAAUGCGUACACGCUGGGAAAGAUUCAUGGCCACAAUGUGGUAAUUGCCUGCUUGCCGUCAGGCAUCUAUGGGACCACAUCGGCAACUAUAGUGUUAACACAGAUGUUGCCAACGUUCCCGUCGCUUCGAUUUGGCCUCCUGGUUGGUAUUGGAGGCGGGGUACCUGGAAAAGCCGACGUUCGACUUGGAGAUGUGGUGAUCAGCAAGCCGACUGCGAGUGGAAGUGGUGUGGUACAGUAUGAUUACGGGAAAACCGUGCAGGAUAGGUGCUUUCAGCGCACUGGAUUUCUCAAUAAGCCGCCCCAGAUCCUGUUGACGGCAAUAAGUCAGAUGGAAAGCGAUCGUAUAAUGGGAGCACGACAGAUCAAGCAAAGCAUUGUCGGCGUUCUUGAAGGAAACAGGGAUAUGGCGCACAAGUUCUCUGAACCUGAUAAUGACUGGCUUUUCCCCGCAACAUAUCUGCAUCAGGGAAAUCCACAGGAUUGCUCGGCCUGUGACUUGAACCAAUUGAGCCAUCGUCAACCGCGAACCAUGAGUGGGCCAUAUCUCCAUCUUGGAUUGAUUGCCUCGGGGAAUCAACUCUUGAAAGAUGCGCAGACGCGAGACCAGAUUGCCAAAGAGCUAGAUGUGCUUUGUUUUGAGAUGGAGGCGGCUGGACUUAUGGACCUGCUUCCGUGUCUGGUAAUCCGCGGCAUUUGUGAUUAUUGUGACUCUCAUAAAUGUAAUGAAUGGCAGGGAUAUGCAGCUCUUACCGCUGCAGUGUAUACAAAGUCACUAUUAUCGGUGGUUCCUGCCGUGGUUCCAAAAGGAGAACUGGAGAAAAGUGUGGGAUUUACACCGGAUGAGCACGAAUGUCUGCGCAGUUUAUUCGUGACCAAUCCUGCUGAUGAUAAAAACGCACUGAAGCGAAAAAAGGGACAUCGUGCGGAUGGGACGUGUGAAUGGAUCCUGGAAACAGAAGAGCUCACGGAUUGGCUUGAGGGUUCGAAAAAUGAUGACCGAAAUGGGUCCAAUAUUCUUUGGUUGCAUGGCACUCCUGGCUCAGGUAAAUCAACAAUGGUUAUCACCAUGACGGAUGAGCUUCCAAAACAACCUGCUUUCAACAGCGGGAACAAGGUCCUUGCGUACUUCUUUUGCGACUCUAGCGAGGAGAACCAAAGAACGGCUAUUUCGAUAUUACGUGGUUUACUCUAUCAACUAAUUCACCAACGUCCAAGGCUUAUUAAAUAUCUCCUUGCAAAAUAUCUUGACCGCAAAGACACACUCUUCACAUCAUUCGAUGCGCUGUGGACAGUCUUAUUGGAGAUGGGCGCAGAAUCCUCUUGUGAAAUAUACUGCAUGAUUGAUGCGCUUGACGAGUGCGAGCCUGACUCACAACAGACCCUCUUGCGUCAGAUAAACCAGUCAUUCGCAAGGCGAGGAGCCGGGUGUUCAUUUUCUGACGGUCCCUAUAUUCUGAUCACCAGUCGACCAUAUCCUGAAAUUAGUGAGAAUUUGUCUCACUUCAGAUGCAAGGACCUACGAUCAUACAGUGCAGUCAAGGGGGAUAUCAAAACUAUGAUAGACGAAAAGGUUCAUGACUUGUCUAAGAGGAAAAACUAUCCCAAGAGAGUAAGUGAGGAAGUGUCACGAAUUUUGGAGGAGAGGGCGGAAGGAACCUUUCUAUGGGUAGGGAUUGCCUGUGGUGAAUUGGAUCGACCGCAAGUACAAGCACGAAAUGCCGUUCAAACGCUUCAGAAAAUGCCACGCGGCUUGUAUGCGCUGUAUGAUCAGCUGCUCAAGACUGCUCUUGCUGAUGGAGAUGAUGACGACAAUAAAGCCACUAUGCAAAUGCUGAAAUAUAUUGUGUGCGUACGACGACCGUUAACUGUACCAGAACUGGCAUCACUCUGUCAAUUAUACCCCGAGGAAGAUGAGAUCAGUCGCCAUCAGUUUACUAGAGAUAUGAUUGGUUCGUGCCAGUUGAUGAUUCUUAUCCAAAACGGGAGGGUGCAGCUCCUACACAAGUCCGUAAAGGAUUUUCUAGUCAAGGAGCAGGAAAAAGUCGAUGAUAUAAAGUCACAUAUGGAGUUGGCGGAUCAAUGUAUCAGCCACAUACUGCAUUGUCUGGAGCCUUCAAGUGCAGAAAAUGAGAACGAUGCGUUUUACAAAUACGCAGUGGAGUAUUGGCUUCAGCAUGCAGAACUUGCCGGAAACACCUUUACGGUAUCAAAACAUCAUGAGCCAUUCUUUAAAUUGGGAUCUAGGAUAUGGAAACUGUGGUUGCAGGAUUACAACGCUACCGUAGGAACCAUUGUGGGAAAUAUUGAUGGAUUUUCUGUCUUCCAUGCGGCGGCAAGGUGGCGAAUCAUUCCGUUGGUAUCAUGGGCAUUGUCAGCAAAUAGAAUGGACUCAGAUUUAGCGGAUCAUGUUGAGAGAAAGUACGAUGACAAAAGUUUCAAAGCAAUGACGGGAACAACGCCAUUGGAGGAAGCUGCGGGACAAGGAAAUCCAGCAAUCCUAAAUGCUUUAUUAAACGGUCUUGAAGCAGGGGCAGAAAUAGUAGUAGGAGUGAGCAUAGGAGCAGCACAGAAUGGAGAUUUUGGAAAAGAAAUCAUGGCAGUGCUGCUUGACCGACUAGGAGACCAGAUCCAGAUCACAGAGGAUGUGGUCAGGGCUGCUGCAGGAAAUGAGCAGAGUGGGAAAGACAUCAUGACACAGCUGCUUGGACGACGACGAGACCAGAUCUAUAUUACAGAGGAUAUAGUUAAGGUUGCGGCAAGAAAUGGGCAGAGUGGGAAAGACAUUAUAACCCUGCUACUUGACCAACGAGGGGACCAGAUCCAGAUCACAGAAGAUGUGGUCAAGGCUGCAGCACAAUCUAGUAGUAAUGAUGUUAUGAUGCUUCUCCUUGACCAACACAGAGACCAGUUCCAGAUCACAGAGGAUGUGGUCAAGACCGCAGCGAGGAAUGGUUGGAAUGGAAAGGACAUUAUGACACUGCUGCUAGACCGAGAAGACCAGAUCCAGAUCACAGAGGAUGUGAUCAAGGCUUCAGUUACAAAUUAUUGGAAUGGAAAGGACAUCAUGACACUGCUGCUAGACCGACGAGGAGAUGAGAUCCAAAUCACACAAGACCUUAUUAUGACUGCAGUAGAGUAUGGCAGUAACGAUGUUAUAACACUUCUGCUUGACCGACGACGAGACCAGAUCCAGAUCACAGAGGAUCUGGUCAAAGCUAUAGUAGGAAAUGAUAGGAAUAAAAAAGGCAUUAUAACAUUACUGCUUGACCAACAAGGAGACCAGGUCCAGAUCACACAAGAUGUGGUUGAGGCUGCGGCAGCUUCUGGCAGUAAUGAUGUUAUGAUGCUUCUACUUGAUCAACGAGGAGAUCAGUUCCAAAUUACAGAGGAUGUGGUCAAGGCAACGGCAGAAAAUGCGUACAGUGGGGAAGAUAUCAUGACACUGCUACUAGACCAACGAGGAGACCAGUUCCAGAUCACAGAGGAUGUGGUUAAGGCUGCAGCACGGAAUAGACAUUAUGGAAAAGAAAUUAUGACACUGCUACUUGAUCGACGAGGAUACCAGUUCCAGGUUACAGAGGAUGUGGUCAAGGCUGCAGUAAAAAAUCGGUAUAGUGGGGAAAGCAUCAUGACAGUGCUACUAGACCGACGAGGAGACCAGAUCCAGAUCACAGAGGAUGUGGUCAAGGCUGCAGUAAAAAAUGAGUAUAGUGGGAAAAAGAUUAUGACAGUGCUCUUCGACCGACGAGGAGACCAGAUCCGGAUCACAGAGGAUGUAACUAAGGCUGCAGCAGAAAAUAUGCUGAGUGGGAAAGAGAUCAUGACAGUGCUGCUAGACCGACGAGGGGACCAGAUCCAGAUCACAGAGGAUGUGGUCAAGGCUGCAGUAAAAAAUGAGUAUAGUGGGAAAGAGAUUAUGACAGUGCUCUUCGACCGACGAGGAGACCAGAUCCGGAUCACAGAGGAUAUCCAGAUCACAGAGGAUGUAGUUAAGGCUGCAGCAGGAAAUGAGGAGAGCGGGAAAGAUAUUAUGAUACUUCUGCUUGGACGACGAGGAGACCAGAUACAGAUCACAACAGAUGUUUUAUCAUCUGCUGCCUCUUGUGGGAAUGAGACAAUACUUCAUCUCUUAGCGCAAAAUGGUAAACAAAUUCCCAUUCACUUGCUCCAACUCGCCCGACUUUACAACGCAGCCAAGUCCGGCAAUUUCGCAAAGCUGAAACAACUUCUAUCAGAUGGAACCCCAGCUGACACCCAAAAUAUUCGAGGAGUUACCCCCCUCGGGAUUGCUUCUCACCGUGGUCACUACCGAACUGUAGAAGCUCUUCUCCAAACAAAUCAAGUUGACGUCGAUGCCAAAUCGACAACAGGAGAAUCUCCCAUAUUUUUGGCUGCUGCUUGUGGCUAUGCCUCUAUUGUGUGGCUGCUUUUAGAAGCACAUGCCAACCCCAACGCUGCUGACAUUAAUGGUGAUACUCCGUAUGAUAUGGCUUGGCGAUAUCGUCACUUCGAUAUCGCAAAGAUUUUAGGUCGUUUGACCCCCAUUUCCAUUCAAUCUUCCCUGGCGGACAUCAAGCUGCAUCACGAAGCCCCACCCGACAUACCACUGAUGCCUCCUCCAGUGGAACCAUUAUCAGCAGGAUGGGAUCUAGUUUGCUAA